AUGGGAAUCGGCGACCUCCGCUCGUGGACCAGCGUCGUCGUCGUAAUUCUCACCCUGAUCUCAAUGGUAUCUUCAUCCGGCUUCUUUGAACUGCAAAUACUGGAGAUUUCAAACACAAACAGCCAUCUACUGUCCGGAUACUGCUGCGGUUUGCCACCGGAGAAACGACAGACCCAAACGACAGGAUGUCCGGCAUGUGCGACCGCGUUCAGCUUGUGCCUCAAGGAGUACCAGGGCACGACGUCAAGCGUUCAGCAGCAACAAAAGCAGCUGAAACAGCCGGCCACAGCCAUUGCCGUGGAACCACAACCGUCCGGUCUGUACGGUUGUGCGUUCGGUAACGCCAGCACGCCGGUCCUGGGUGGGUCGAGCUUCGUCCUGACUGACCCGGAAGUCGGUGGCAUCACAUUACCCUUUACCUUUCGGUGGACGAAAUCGUUCACACUUAUCCUGCAAGCUUUAGACAUGUACAACGAGUCAUACUCGAUUUCCGAGCGACUUAUUGAUGAGACAUCAUUUUCUGGGGUUAUUCUACCGUCGCACGAUUGGAAUACAUUAGACCAUAUAGGCAAGAGCGCACGAAUAACGUACCGUGUACGAGUACAGUGUGCGGACAACUACUACAACACAACCUGCACGACGUUCUGUCGGCCCCGGAAUGAUCAGUUCGGGCAUUACACCUGCGGCAAGCAGGGCAAUAAAGUGUGCCUUCCUGGCUGGCAGGGAGCGAACUGUGAAAAAGCAAUCUGCAAGCCAGGAUGUGAUCAAAUACACGGCAAAUGUGACCAGCCGGGCGAGUGCGAAUGCCGCCCCGGAUGGCGUGGUCCCCUGUGUAACGAGUGCAUGGUGUACCCGGGCUGCCGGCACGGCUACUGCAACGGAAGUGCAUGGCAGUGCAUCUGUGAUACGAACUGGGGUGGAAUCCUCUGCGAUCAAGAUCUCAACUACUGCGGAACGCACGAACCGUGCAUGCACGGUGGUACGUGCGAAAACACUGCCCCGGACCAGUACCGGUGUACAUGCGCGGAAGGACUUUCGGGCACACGGUGCGAAAUCGUGGAACAUCCGUGUGCGCCACAGCCGUGCAAAAAUGGUGGUACUUGCACACUGACAGGAAGCGACAAACCGCCAACGGUCGCCUCCUCUACGGUAGCGUCCAUCGUUGUCCGUGGUAUGCGUGGCAUGAGCUCGAUGGGGAAACCGUUCGGCCGUAGUGUGGCCGGUAGUGGCACGGGGCCCAACUCUGCCGGUGCCAGUUCCGGUUCUGCGGAGUCUAACGAUCAACCGAAAUCGGGAUCGUCUGCGGUAUCCGGUGGACUUCCAGCACCAUCGUCCAGUGGUCCACAACCGAUGAAAGAUUUCGUCUGUACCUGCGCACCCGGAUGGACCGGCCCGACCUGUGAGAUAAAUAUCGACGAAUGUGCCGAGGCACCGUGCCGAAACGGUGGCACUUGUAUCGAUCUUAUCGGCAAGUUUCGCUGCGAAUGUCCACCACAGUGGACCGGGGACACCUGCCAGAAUGAUGUUGAUGAGUGCGAAUCGAACGUGGCGUCCGGGCUCGGGCCCUGCAUCAAUGCUGAAUCAUGCCGCAAUCUGCCCGGUUCGUUCCAGUGCACCUGCCUCGAAGGUUGGGGUGGACCAACCUGCGCCAAGAACCUGGACGACUGCGUUGGCAAGUGCAAAAAUGGCGCCACUUGCAUCGACCUGGUGAACGAUUACCAUUGCGCCUGCGCCGUUGGAUACACAGGUCGCGACUGCAGCACCGACAUUAACGAGUGUGCCAACUUUCCCUGCCGGAACGGUGGCGAAUGCGUAGAUUUCAUCGGCAACUUCAAGUGCAUCUGCCCGCUCGGGUUUUCCGGCACAUUGUGCGAGGAGGCCAAAGAUCAUUGCGUAUCGUCACCGUGUAUCGAGGGUCAGUGUCUCAAUACGCCGGGCGGCUACUACUGCCACUGUCCGCCGGGACGUGCCGGACGACACUGCGAAUUUCCACGCGUACCCUGCGAAAAGGGUGGCCCAUGUGCAAAUGAAGGUGGUUGCACGAUGCCUGCCAGCAACGAUACGACGAUUCUCGGUGGACAGAUUGUGCCGAUUCCGUGCAAUGGGCGGGGUAAAUGUGAGUCCGGUCCGAUGGGUACGAGCUGCACCUGCCAAAGUGGAUUCACCGGACCAUUCUGUCAGCAUAACGUCAACGAGUGUACCUCGAACCCGUGUUCCAACAACGGUAUCUGCAUCGAUGGCGAAGGUGAUUAUUCGUGCGAAUGUCAACCGGGAUGGACGGGGAAGACGUGCACGGAACGUGCGAUCCAGUGUCUGCCCGGCCAGUGUUUGAACGGUGGUUCCUGCAUACCGUCCCAGUUCGGUGGGGCACCGCACUGUCGCUGCACACUCGGCUGGGGUGGCCCGUUUUGCAGCGAACCGCUCGACCAAUGCCAAGGACAACCCUGCCAUAAUGGCGGUACCUGUGAGUCCGGUCCGGGUUGGUUCCGGUGCCUUUGUGCGAAAGGAUUCUCCGGCCCGGAUUGUCGGAUCAACGUCAACGAAUGCUCACCACAGCCGUGUUUGGGCGGUGCGACCUGCAAGGAUGGCAUUGGAGGAUUCACCUGCAUCUGUCCGGUCGGACGACGUGGUGUGCGGUGUGAAAUUCUGCUCUCCGAUCCAUCGUCCGUCUGCUCGAAUACGACCACCAAUUCUCCGUACGAUCCACUCGUUAGCAGUGAUGCGCUCAACAAACCGAACGGCAUGGGACCGAGCGGUACCACACCAGGGGCACCAGACGAAAGUAGCUGCAAUUCGUGUAUUUGCGUAAAUGGGAAACCACGCUGUUCGAAUCUUUGGUGCGGGCUAAGCAACUGUCUCAACCGGAACCAGUCGAAUGGUGCCGGAGCGGUCUGCGAAAGCCACCAGGUGUGUGUACCGACAUCGCAAGAAUCCUGUCUAACGCCACCGUGCCAACCACGGGGAGACUGUCGUACGUUCGAACCCUCCAGGCGUGUGGCACCGCCAAAGAUACCGGCACCGACCGACUGUUGGCCAAAUCAGGCAACUCUUGGAACGGCUUGUGCCCGUGUAUCGAUACUGCUCGAGCUGAACCGACUCGUGCGUGGUACGUCGGUGGAUGGACUGUGCCAUCUGCUCCGGUUACAACUCGGCGAGAAACUCAUCAAAAAUCCAUCCUUCGACGUGUCCGUCUUCAUUGUCGUACUAUGUGAUCUCAAAACUGGAACGAACGAUACGAUUGAAGUGACACUGUCUACUCCGACCGACCCGGUUGGUGGUGCGUCAAGCCUGACCGAAGCUGUCCGUUUGCUGGCGGAAAUCCUCUCCCGACAGCAGGGCGUCCAGAACGAUUCCUUUCAGACGGACCUCGUCGAGGCAGCCCCGCUCACCUCGAUCCUGGAGGUGAAGGUCGAAACGGCACUGGUCAAUGAAGGCACCAGCGGUUCCAACUAUCUCAUCGCGGUCGGUUUCGGCAUCGCGAUCGUAGCGCUCUGUCUAGGCGCAGUCGUCGCACUGCUUUGGCGCCAGCGGGUACACUCACACAGCGGUUCCGGUACCAACCUAUCGCCCCACCUGGAUCUAUCCCGCGGCAUGGACGAAGAAAAGUCCAACAAUCUACAAAACGAGGAAAACUUUCGCCGGUACGCUAAUCCACUGAAGGCGAGUUCCAGCUCGUUACGGGGCGCAAUGGAACUCAGCCUCAAUCCGGCACCGGAGAUUAACCAGAUAGCCGGCCCGAGCUCGGUACACCAUCGAUCGCAACAGCUCUACCCACCCUGCCCACCGGACGGGAGCGAGUUCGAGAAGGAUCCCGACAAGCAGAAAACGGCCAACCGGAAUUCGCACAUACUGCUUCACAAAACGCAAAACGCCGACAUCAUGACGAAAAACAUCGUCGGUGCGAUCGACAGCCAGCACAAAGACUUUGGCAAACGAUCGAUCAACGAUCAUACCGCAUCGUCAACGACGAACGUGAGUGCGGUGAGCGGAUGUACACCGAGUGCGACCAGCGGGACAUUGUCCGCCCAUCCCGUACCGGAUGCACCGAACGCCCCGAGCUCGUUGGCGCCCGAUUCAGACGUCCUGACAGUGCACGUGUAG